AACACAGCUAUGUACAAUUGUUGCAUUGACAAAAUGUGAUUUUGAUCCACUUAUGAAAUAAUUAUAAGUUUCAUAAGAUAUUUUUCGAACAAAAUUUCAGAUAGUGUAAAUUAUGCACAUUUUAAAUUGAUACAAACCCCUUUUGAAUUUCUAGUGUCGUGAAAUUGAGAAUUACUAAUGGUUGUUUACUUGUUCAUAUGAUGGGCCAUUGUUAGGAGGGAAAGUAGGAGGAGUUCAUUCACGGCAGAGCCCAUUAAUACAGAAGGAGAGGGUUCGAUUUCGAAUUUCAACCCAAAAAGAAGAUCAAACACACGGCUUCUGAUGAAUGUUCCAAGCCAUCAACUGCACGCAAUUUGAUCUCCUUCUGGCUCCUCCGUAAUUUAGCAAUGGCAGACAACGAUUCAGGUGACGGUGAAGUAUCUUCAGCCCAAGCAGUUCUUCUCGGAGCUUUAGCUCCUGGGGUCAACGGUCCUACAUGGACUACACUCAAGUCGGCGUUUUUGAUGCUGGGACUGUGUCUUGUCCUGAUGCUUGCCCUUGCAUUCUCUUCCAGUGAUUCUUGGUUGAUUCUUCACGUUACCUUUCUUGUGGUUAUUACUUCUACCCUUUUCUUGCUACUUAACUGGUUUCUUUCUCAGACUGGCCUGGUUUCAGUGAAGAAUCAAAUGGAAGAACUGCAGUUGGCGCCAAAGAGUCGAGAUAAAAGCGAAAAGAACGAAUAAUGGUUACUACUGCUAUAGCAUUAUAAACCAAGACGUAAAAUUGGAUGAUAGUAACAGAAACUACAUUACAUCCUCGAGUAGAAACACGAGGUGAUAAGCUUUAUAAAUCAAUCAGGUACAACAGCAUCUUCCCUUAUUCGAAGAGGGGAGAAAAAGAAACUUAAUUUCAGAAGAACACUUGGAAUGGUAACUUCAUUCAUUCUUUGAUUGCUCCUCCUUGUGCUUUCCCUUUUUCUGCUUAAUGUAACAGAAGCAGGAACAGCAUGGUAACUGUAAAAAGAACUUCAUGUCUUCUUUGUUUGAUGCGAGAGUUAGAAGAGCAAAGAGUUAUAUAUGCGGAUGAUGGAGCCUUAUUCUUUUGUUGUCUUUAUUCCUUAUUUCUCUUGGGAUGCUAUUCUUGUUUCUUACAGACAAGAAGAUGCUUAGCCUUGCUUUGCCACUUCCUGAAACAUGAGGAAUCUGAGAUUAUUUUGUUGA